GCGUGGUCAUGGGUAUUUUGGUAACAUAAAAUUUCAACGGCUCUUUUUCGAAAAUGAGCCGUUGUAAGAUUUACAGAAAGAAAUCUCUGGUGUAUUGUUUUAGGAGAUGAUAAAAAUCGUUUCUUUACAUCUUUAAACCCUAAUUAUUAUGUAUAUAUAAACCCAAUUACAUCACUCGUACAAUUCAACUCAAUCUCUCUCUCUCUAGCUCUCUCUUUCUCUCUCUAUUGCUUGCGAUUAACGUUCUGUGAUCACCAACCAGCGCUCGAUUUUUGAUACUCAUUGCAUUGUUUUCUUGAUUUUCGUAUACUAAUCCCUGUUUUUGCAGGCUCGAAUCGAAUUUUCUUUGUUCUUAAAUAGUUUGAUUUCGAUUAUUAUUGUUUUUAUUUUUUGCGAUAUAUAUUUUUUUGUGAAGUUAUGGAUGCAGGAUCUUCUUCUGCUUCAUUGAUGAAGACACGAUCUCGUUUCCCUCUUCAAGAACAGUUUCUUCAUAGAAAAAGUUCUCGAGAAAAUCUGGACAGGUUCAUCCCAAACAGGUCAGCAAUGGAUUUCGAUUAUGCUCACUACAUGCUGACCGAGGGAAGAAAGGUUAAGGAAAGCCCGGUAAGUUCAUCUCCAGCAAGAGAAGCCUACAAGAAGCAUUUGGCAGAAACCUUCAACAUGAACCGAGGUCGGAUCUUAGCUUUCAAGAACAAACCUCCUGCCCCAGUUGAGAAAUUCCCUUGUGAGUUUGCUUCUGCACCGGUGGAGAGAGCAGCGAAACCCAGGCGCCACAUUCCUCAGUCUUCCGAAAGGACAUUGGAUGCUCCUGAUCUUGUAGACGAUUACUACUUGAAUCUCUUGGAUUGGGGAAGCGCAAAUGUGCUGGCAAUUGCUUUAGGAAGCACAGUUUAUCUGUGGGACGCUACAGAAGGCUCCACUUCGGAACUUGUUACAUUUGAUGAUGAAAGUGGCCCUGUUACAAGUGUUAGCUGGGCUCCUGAUGGAAGGCAUAUCGCCGUUGGACUUAACAAUUCCGAAGUUCAGCUGUGGGACUCGGCUUCAAACAAACAGCUGAGAACUCUGAAAGGUGGACACCGAGCUAGGGUUGGUUCACUCGCGUGGAACAAUCACAUCCUCACCACUGGAGGAAUGGACGGUCGAAUCAUCAACAACGACGUGAGAAUCCGAUCACACAUUGUGGAAACUUACCGAGGCCACGACCAAGAGGUUUGUGGGCUUAAAUGGUCAGGUUCGGGCCAGCAGCUAGCUAGUGGUGGGAACGAUAACCUAAUUCACAUAUGGGAUAGGUCAACCGCUUCAUCGAAUUCAGCCACUCAAUGGCUUCACAGGCUGUCGGAUCACACUUCUGCUGUUAAAGCUCUUGCCUGGUGUCCAUUCCAAAGCAACUUAUUGGCAACCGGUGGAGGUGGGAGCGAUCGUACCAUCAAAUUCUGGAACACACACACCGGUGCGUGCCUCAACUCGGUUGACACCGGGUCACAAGUAUGCGCUUUGUUAUGGAACAAGAACGAGCGAGAGCUUCUUAGCUCUCACGGGUUUACUCAGAAUCAGCUCACUCUAUGGAAGUACCCGUCGAUGGUUAAGAUGGCUGAGCUUAAUGGCCAUACCUCUAGAGUUCUUUACAUGGCUCAGAGCCCGGAUGGUUGCACAGUAGCUUCAGCAGCAGGAGACGAAACGCUUCGGUUUUGGAAUGUUUUUGGGGUCCCUGAAGCAGCUAAACCUGCUCCGAAAGCCACAGAGCCUUUUGCUGGUCAUUUGACCCGCAUUCGAUGAGGAGUUGUGAAUAGAUUUUGACAAUUCAACUUUGUUUACAGCAAUGCAGCAGCAGCAUAAACCAGAAGAGUGUAUAUUCCUCUCUAUACUCAAACCAGAAGAAGUUUGAUUGAUGAUGAUCCUUUUGAAGAAAUAGAACAGUUUCAGCAGUGUGGAUAUUUUUUUGAACAAUACAAUUUAAAUUCAAUGUGUAUUUUCCAAUAAUCUUAUCAAAUUCAAUAUAAUGUAUACAGAACAACAGUUUGUUGUGUUUCAUAUUUUUCUAUACAAAUUUUGUCUCUGAUUCAA